AUGGAGUUGGCCCGAAGUGCUCAGGGCUCCAACCACGGAGUGCUUCAGUUUUUCGGGGCGGCAGCCGACGGCCACGGCUGCCUGGACCUCCUUGCUCGGGAACUGGGGCAAGCGGUCAUGCCCGGUGCUCAAGUGGAGCUGUCGCUGCAGCUCGAGGUGCCCAAACGGGGCGAAGGGGACGGCAGUGACUUUGCGCGCCAUGUUUGGGUGCUCGCAGAUGCCAACAACGAGCCCUUCGGCCCUUUGCUGGUAGCAGAGGUCGUCUGGUUGCCCUGA